UUAUGGAAAGGGCCGAAAAGUUGCGAUUGUUCUGGUUCCUCAUAGAUAAAAUCCACAUGUUAGGAAAGAAAAAACAACAGAGAAAAUGAGACCAUUGACAGACGAAGAAACAAAAACUUUCUUUGAAAAACUAUCAAAGUACAUUGGAGAAAAUAUUAAAUUACUUCUUGACAGACCGGAUGGUAUAUACUGUUUUCGCCUACAUAAAGACAGAGUUUUCUAUGUGAAUGAAGAGUUGAUGAAAAGGGCUGGAAACAUAGGAAGGCAAAACUUGCUUAGUUUUGGUACUUGUUUUGGGAAAUUCACAAAGUCAGGAAAAUUUAGACUACAUGUAACAGCACUAGAUUUCUUAGCACCAUAUGCAAAGUAUAAGAUAUGGUUGAAGGCAAGUGCUGAGCAACAGUUUCUGUAUGGACACCAUGUGAUGAAAUCUGGACUUGGUAGAUUAACAGAGAAUACACCACAGUACCAGGGAGUUGUUGUUUAUAACAUGAGUGAUGUUCCACUGGGUUUUGGUGUGGCAGCCAAGUCAACACAAGAAUGUAGACACACAGAUCCUAUGACAAUUGUUGCUUUCCAUCAGGCGGAUAUUGGUGAAUAUAUUCGAAAUGAACAAGAACUCACUUGAUCUAUUUUACAUUUCUACAUUAUUAGAAGCCUUUCAUUGAAAAUCUUCUUCCAUGUUGCUUCAAGAGCCACAUCUGCAUUACAUGUGCAAACAUAUAUUUCUGGAAAAAGUGGUAAAAUGCAAAUAUAAUAUAACGUAAUAAAGGUUAAUAUUACUGCAGUGAUUGUUACUGUUAUUAGCUUUGAAGAAAAAAAAAGUGAAGCUAUUGUUAUGACUAUCUCGUUGUUGAUGUUGGUUAAACUAUUUGUAAAGGUCCAUUUUCUCAGAAACUAUAACAGCUAUUUACUUCAGACUUGAUACACUUGUUUAUUGUCAUAAAAGGGUGCAAUUUCAAAAAAGCAGAUAAUCCUUUUUUCAAAGUUUUGUCCCUUUUUCAACUUAAAUUUUUAGCUCUAGUUAACUUUUGAGUUAAGGUCAUUUGUGUCGCCUACCACACAGUAGCAACAUAAUCAUUGAUUGCUCUUGUCUGAGAUACUAUCAAAGUUAUUUUUCCCCAACUUUAUAUACAUCACCAUUUCUGAAGGACAUGUAAUAUUUAAUUUUUUUGUUUUUGCAAAGUUUUUUGACUUAAUGUUUUUUCUUCCAAAGUCAAUUUUUCAAAAACUUUUGAAAUUAACCACUUUGAAGGUGGAAGUAACAUAGAAGAGCAAGUAACUAUGAUUUUCUCUAUUAUGUCCCCUUUUUGUAUCUUCCCUGUUUAGGUAAUUUUCUGAAAAAGUAUCAGAGAUAUUUACUUUAAACGUGGAGUUCUUGUUCACUAUCAAAUUUGAAAUGCAUUUCUAAAGUCCAGGUAAUCCUGAUAGCCAUUUUGCUAAAUUAUUUCUCUUUUUUGACUGAGUAUUUGCUUAAUUCUCAAAAACUACAAUGGUACUCGCUUUAAACUUGAAAUAUUUGUUGGCUAUCAAGGGCAGGUAAAUCUGCUAAGCAAAAGUGCAGAAUUAUGUCCCUUUUUCUAUGUUGCUUU